AUUGUUUUGAUAUGCUGUGUUGUUUUUGUUGUGUUCCUUCGACGUAGUCUAUUUAUAAUUUAAACAAUAAAUUUCAAUUAUUUUAAAAUACUUAAAAUAGACUGUCACGAUCAAUGCUGCAUUUAUUCGGAAGAAAGCUAGUUGAUUAAAAAUGGCGCAUCGUCAUCCAUACGAUCCCUACAGACCCAUGUACAAUGAUCCCUACAGACCCAGAAUGUCUUACUUGUCUGGCUAUGGGCGUGGUUUGGUUCAGCUGUCACCAUAUAAGAAUAGAAUGCCUCAUCCUAUCCAAUACCAUAACCCUUACCACUUGCAGGAUGAUAGGAAUUAUUCAAGCUAUGUACCAAACUCUGCUGAGAGUUGGGCAGCCAAUGUUAGGAAGGAAGCUCCUGUUCAUAAACAAACUCUGCCAAAUAAUGUCUUGGAAAAUUAUAUUGAGGAAUUACAAAGCAUUUGGAAGGACCCUCGUUUGGUAGACAGUCAGUUAAAAGGAGAAGCUCUUUUUGCUAAAUUGUCGGCAAUUUUAAAAAGCAGCCCAAACCCAUGGGAAACGGCAUUUUACUUGAUUACAAAUGCCUCUGACUAUUCACAGGCUAAAACAGUCACUUUGUCGUUUGCCAUAUUAACACAGUUUCAGAAUUGGGUGUUGUCUUCAUCGAAUCAUUGUCGAGGACGUGAAGAAGAAUUUUUAAAUGAGGAUCUUCGCGUUCGCAUUUUCUAUGCAACUACAGGAAAACAGAUGCCGUUUUUCAACACUGCUGUCAAAGCAUUUCACUUAGAUCAUAUGGGAAAUGAAUAUUUUGUGCCUAUAACAAAAUGUCUACUUGAUCGCAAUAAACUAACAGAGUGUGCUCACAUUGUUUCUAAGUUGGGUCUUCAGGCCUACUUUACACAAGAAGAGAUUCUUAUCCCGCUACUGCUGACUGAUAAGGUUAAUGUGAUUGAAGCUUACGUAAUGGGCAAACCUGACCAGCAGGCCCAGAUUCUCUCCCUUCUUGACCACCUGUGUGCCCGCAACACAGAUGUCAUCUCAUUUGCCCAGAGUACAGGACUAAAGACAAUCAAACCUGAAAAACUAAGCAAAAAAGUAUUGAGCAAGUUUGCGAUGAAAUUGAUGAAACUUUAUGAUAUUCCUCCUGAGGUUUGUCCAAAUAUCUCAGAAAAUCGAGCCAUGGGUGCCAUUCGUUAUUUGUUGUACAAACGUUACAUAGAGAAAACAAUUGGGUAUGAUGGAUGGGACGAUAUGGUUGAGAGUGCUGUAGGGAACAACUUGAGCCUAAAGCAGCAGCUGAUCAUGGAGCUACUCAGCUACAAUGAUGUGGGAGAAGCUGUGAAGUGGGCAGAGAGAUACAAGCUGCCAGAUACAGUUCUAGACCCCGCUGUUGUAGAGGCCAGGAUUCAACACAGAGAAACAAGCCAGUAUCAAGUGGAGCAUCCUAAGGAAGUGGAGACAGAAGAAAGCUGGGACAUGGACAGCACUGACAACCUCUACUACCAGUUCCCACUGUCACAAGAGCAGAUUACUCUGGUGGACAACAGAGAGAGACUUGAGGCUUGCCUACAGAGAAUUGCACAGCCUGAGACAAUGAUUGGCAUUGACUCCGAGUGGAAGCCCUGCAUGGGUACGACCCCAGAGAGAGUCUCGCUGCUCCAGCUAGCUGUCAGUGACCACAUCUUCCUGGUCGACUUCAUGCAGCUGAAGAACCUCCUGCACGACGAGGACUGGGUCAACAUAGCCACAGCCAUUUUUUGUGACGACAAGGUUUUAAAAAUAGGUUAUGGACUUGAUACAGAUCUACGGAUGCUAUCUAAAACACUACCUUGUAUUAGAGAGCCCAUUCUUAAAAUGGUCAGGGUCGUAGACUUGGAGAAGCUGGCUAAAAAGAUCAUUUCUGAUACUAAUGAAGCCACAGCAAGCACUUCACAGCCUACUGAAGAUGAAAGUGCAGUCACUGACGAGGACCCUAAAGAGACGAGGCCGACACAGAGUGAUCCCUUUCACAAACAAGAUGAGAAGGGCUUGAGCUUGCUGGUCAAGAAGACACUGGGCAAACCCCUCAGCAAGGGUGAGCAGAUGUCCAACUGGGAGAAACGCCCCCUCAGGCAGUCACAGAUCACUUACGCAGCCUUGGAUGCGUAUGUGCUGAUAGAAGUCUACAAGGCCCUUCUGCUUAAAGGUCAAAGUUUAGGGCUUAGCAGGUCUGAGCUUGAACCACCAGUUUCUCUUAAGAUGACAACACGAAUGGACAGAAAGAAAAAGAUGGCAGCUAGUGCAAAUAAAUAUCCAAAAUCAAAACAGCCGUCCAGUUUUGUCGCAGGUGGUGUCAAGUCUCCCAGUGACCUGCGUGUUGUGUGCGACACCAUGCUGCAGGGACUUGGCAGCCAGCUGCGGAGCUGUGGGGUGGACACUGUCAUCUUGAGCAGCACACAGAGGCACUCUGAUGCAGUAAAGAUUAGCAGAAGUGAAAAUCGCAUAAUUUUGACUUCAGGGAAAGUGUAUGAUCAGGUUGUCAGUGAAGUGGGAGCCAACCAAUGUUACCGUGUUCCCCAUGACAUCAGUGCCAGAGACCAGUGCCUAGAGGUUCUCAAAUAUUUCAAUGUCAGGGUCACCAAAGAGGACAUUUUUACUCGAUGUGCUGCCUGCAACUGUUCAGAUUUUGUGAAGAUACCCAGCACAGAUAUGGACAUGCUGUACAGCUAUCACCUCCAACAACAGCAGUUCAGUGGGCCUAGUUCUAGCCAACAGUGUGACAGUCUUCCUACAUACAGCAUAGAUCAAAGUUCACGGUCAAAGUUCUUGAACUACGGCAUUGACCCUGUGUCCAUCACCUUACUUCACAACAGAGCCAGAAUUCAGAUGGAAACCAUACCCAAACAGGAAGUGUUCUCAUCAAUCCCAGAGUUCCUCAUCUGCUCCAGUUGUGGCAAGGUGUACUGGGAAGGAUCCCAUCACAGCAAGGCUUGGUCCCAGUUUGAGAACAUCCUGACAAUGGCGGACACAAGACCAGAGGAGCUGUUCCUUGAAGAGGAUCCAGAUGAGGACUGGCAGUGACCCGUUGGAUGACCUUUGAUGGCGCAUGAUGACAGGGAGAGCCAGGCUUAGCUUGACUAGAAUUCAUAGCUAUACCAUAAUCACGGGGGUCAUCUUGUAACAGGGAAAGUCAGGCGUAGGUAGAAUGUAGUUCAUUGCUACACUAGUUACACGGGUCAUAUUGUAACAGGAAAAGUUAGGCGUAGGUAGAACGUAGUUCAUUGCUACACUAGUUACACGGGUCAUAUUGUAACAGGGAAAGUCAGGCUUAGGUAGAAUGUAGUUCAUUGCUACACCAGUUACACGGGUCAUAUAAUAAUAGGAUAAGUCGGGUGCAGUUAGGCUUUUAAUCAUUGCUACACAAGUUUUACAAGGCAGCUGUUGUGGAAUAUGAAAAAUUUAAUAAUCAACAAAAAUAUGGUGGUCGUGGUCAGUUUUUGUAAAUAAGCUAAGAAUUAUUACCUGUGUGAAGCACACUUUUGUGUAAGUUUUUAUCAGAUCAAAUCUGUUGUUUUGAUCAUUCAAAGCACACCUUUUUAAUACAAGUGGACAAUAUUGAAUUUUAUAAUAAAUCAAAAUGUGUUUUAUAUAUAAUUCAGUAGCAUACAUAAUCUACAACUGAUCAUACAUAAAUUUCUUAAAAAUAAAUACUACCAUUUCUUGUAUAAGCUCAUUAAGUUAAAUGGUUCCUGUUUAUUUUUAUUAAAAAAAUUGAUGGCCAAUCAGUAUGUUUGGUUAAAUACAAUUUCAUGUCAGGAUUAAUCUGUAAGAAUUCAAUGACGAUGAUAAAUUAUGUAAACCUUUUUUUUAACCUGCGGAAGAAAUACAAGGUAAUAAAAAUAGA